AUGCGCUGCUCGGCAUCUGCGCACUCGUCCGCCAGCCGGAGCUGCCGCCAAUGUUCGAGGAAUAUUUCAACUUCUCCACUACCAAAAAUUAUUGGCAUUACUUAUUUGCAGGGGUGGAAAGUAAUGCGGAUAGGAAAAGUUUCUAGUACUAUGAACGCUGGAGCCAUGUUGGCAAUUGACUGUGAGAUGGUCCUUUGCCACGAUGGUACAGAAGCUGUUGUCCGAGUAUGUGUUGUAGACAACAAACUCAAAGUGAAGUUGGAUACACUUGUAAAUCCCCUCAAACCUGUUGCAGAUUACAGGACAUACAUCACUGGUGUAUCUAAGAAGGAUUUAGGAGUCACAUGCUCAUUACUUGAUAUUCAGAAAUCAUUGAAGAAAAUAUUGGCCAAAGGAAAGAUUUUGGUUGGCCAUAGCUUAUAUAGAGAUCUAUAUGCUCUGAAGUUUGAUUACAGUCGAGUCAUUGAUACGGCAUACAUCUUUAAGUAUGCGAAUUUACCUACUACUUCAUCAGCUUCUUUGAACAGCCUUUGCAAGUCUGUUUGUGGGUAUUCCGUUCGGGAAGACGGAGAACCACAUAACUGCUUGAAGGAUGCAGAAGCUGCGAUGAAUCUAGUUACUGCAAAGCUCAAGCAUGGAUUUAAUGAUCCCAUCGAAAUUGCGGAGAAUAGUGUACCUGAACCUAACCAGAUGAAGUUGCUUGCUCAUAGAAUUCCAGUCUACCUUCCUUGUCAAGUGCUGCUUAAAUUUUUCUCUGGGAAUCCCAGCAUCGAUGAGAAGAUUGAUUCAAGGAUUCAAGGCGAGUUUUACUCUAUGUGUAUUUCUUUUAAUGACAUAGAUGAGACAUAUAAAGCCUUUGAUGAAUUAGAUGGCCAAGAGACUAAGGACUCCAGUGUGCGACUCCAAAAAUCAGUACUCCUGAAGCGUGACAAUGGAGAUGUCGCGGGCUUCUUUGUCCGGAAGAUGGUAUAUGGUUCCCGACUCAGCAAUUCUGAAGUUUUGAAGAAGAGGCCACAUCGUACUCAGAACACGGAGCAAAAGAAAGAAGAUGCCAAUGGGGAUAAGCGAAAAAUGCAAAGAACUAGCAAGAAGCAUGUGAAGAAAGCAAAGGCACCGGUUGUCGAGUGAAGAGCUUCAGGGGUGGGCUGAUGCUGAACCCGUCUUGUUACAAAAGGAUGCCAAUCGAUUGGAUGAGGUGUUGUCGGUGAAGGAUAUUGAGAUCAGACACGCUGGAAGCACUGGAUGUCGAGAGGAACGGUUUUUUCAUGACUCAGCAAUCAUUUUUGGUGAUCUCUAACCUCUAGGUCUUGCCCAUCUAGGCGGUUGAUAGCUAACCAAGGAUCAUGCAAUUUUGUUCAUAUGGAAGGGUUUGCUAACUGACUUAAACUUGAGUGUACUUUCAACUGAAUGUCGUAAGGGUUUAGGAAGUCUGCAUGAUCGGACUAUUCUU